AUGGACGACAUCAACUUACUGGAAAUUGACGAGGACCAUGUGGACCCGUAUGAUCGACCGUCGUUUGAGGCAGCUGUAAUCUUGGCAGAGGCAUGUUUUCAUUCCAUCCAAGGUGCCUUCGAAUUUGUCAAUCGCGAGAAGUACCUCCACACCAUGAUCAACUCUCCGAGGGCCAAGUGGCUGCAAAUCACGAAACCGAACUAUUCUAGCGGACCAGAGAGCCAUCUUCUGUACUUUGCGAGAGCCCGAGCUCUCGGGUUGGACCACAGGAUCUUGUUUGACCAUCCGGACAUUGCUCGGGUUGAAGAAAUUGGGCUCCUCGCAUUUUAUCUGCUUAUGAACGGGUCCAUUACGAGAGCAUGGAAUAUUUCGGGCCAUGUCGUUCGUCACGCCACCGCUCUCAGACUGCACCUGAGAGCGUCCGACCCGAGCAUUGAUGAAACAGAUAGACAACGACGUGCUGGAAUAUAG